GUCUUUUACUUUCAUAUGUUAGCUGCUGUUCAGUUUGUACUGCCUUUUUUUAUUUAUUUAUUCCUGCGUGAGCAGAUCUAGUACACUUCUUGCAUAUAAACAGUGACAAUUACAAUACAGAAGACCUAUUCUACCUUAUUUUGGAGUAACAUCAGAGCAGCUGAGAGGCUUACCUAUUACCUACUUUGUAAGACUAAGAGGACAUUCCCUGUGGGUAAACUCAAAGAUUUCAGGAAAUAUUUCAUGUUAUUCUGCAUUUGCUGGUUAUUCAGAUUGGAUCGCUCUUCUAACGCCAAAGUAUUUACAAGACUUUCCCAAGUGACACAGUACCUCAGAUACAGUUGGCUUCCUGUUUGCAUCAACUGAAGUAACAACCACACAUAACAAUGCCCCUUAGUGAACCCUGCUUGAUGCUAUGUUUUUAUCUGAUCACACGUGGUUACGUUGUUUUGAAACGUUAGUUUAACUUUCAACAGUAAAAGCGCUGCUGUAGAACAAAACUUUCUGAAGAAAGCAAUUCAGUUUGUUAUUAAUUAACAUAAUUUCAUCAGUAAAACUAAGCAUCAGAAAUGAAAGUGCCCCCAAAAGUUACAAGGACUGUUUAGUCAGGAUGUGUGUGAGACAUGUGACUGAUCUGUCAUAAAAAAACAGCUGGAUCACUAAUGGAGAGGUGACUGACUUAAAUAAGAGUCAUUGGCAAAGCCAUAAGGCACAAUGUGACCUUUAAAUUAGUUACUGUAAGCACAGAUGUCUACUGCAAUUUUGUAAAAUGAAGAAGCAUUUUUGCUCCAGAACAGAAGACUUUCUGCAUUUUCCAGCGACAAUAAAUCUUUCCUCACAUUUUCUAUUUAAUAUCUUUACCUUAGUGUUAGGUCUAAUGAGCAAUGAUAUUUGAAAAAGAACAAGAAGAAUGAAAUGCUUAUCUCGCCUAUUAGCAAGGUGUUCAUUUGAAUCUGAGGUAUACAGUCAUAUGACAGAGUUCAAAUGACGAAUGUAAUGGGUCGCAGAGAAACACAUUACCUCCAGACUUUAAAUUGUGAUUCAAUGGCCCAGCAAAACAUGAAAAUGCGCCCAGUGCUACUAAAGAGAAAUAGCCUGGAUUCAUUUGAUUUUAUGAGACAGCCACAUCAUCGCAGAAGCAAAUCUCAGCAAGUUCGUUUCAAGGAUGAUGGUAUCAACACAAAGACAGUGGAUGUCACUGAACUGGAUAAUAAUCCUGCCCAAGAUAUUGAAUUAUUGAUUGAAAAUAGUGAAAUAUCUCCACACCACAAUUUUUUGUUACAACCUCCAUCUUUUCCAAAGGCUCAGAAGGGGCUUCAGAAUAUUGCCAUACAAACAUCUCCUAGCCUCAGGAAACACUUCCCGGUUUUUAGAAGAAAAAAGCUGUUGGUAAGCAAAUCACUAACAGAAAUGCCAAGUGAGCCUGCAGAUUGCAUUCCAGUAAAUGACCGUCUUUCUGAACAAGACAUUAUGUCUUCAGACUUCUGUUACUUAAGAAUAAGUAGCCAUUUGGAAGAUGGAUUCAGGAAUAGUACGGUGGAUGGUCAGUCAAGUCAAAGACUGCCAGAAGCACAAAGAAAUGGACAUAUCCAAACCAAUGAUUCCUCAGCAACAGAAAAGACAACUGCUUCUACACACGUGCCUGAAUACAUUCAUGUGAAUUUUUCACAAAACAGUGAUACUUCCAUGGAUGCAACAGACCCAACCAUGAACUUAAGUAAUUUAAUCCAUUCUUCUAAGUCUUCUACAAUCAUAAAUAGUAAUGAAAACAAUGAAACCAGCAUGCUGUCAUCUAAUUCUGAAAUAAUAUACCCCUGUCUAAGUGAUUCCACUAAUAGCAAUGACUGUAAUCCUCAGUCUGACUCUUGUGAAACAGCUAACAGUGGUUCUGCAUUGCUUGCAGUUAGCGAAGAUCCAAACACUAAGGAAACUACUCCAUUAUCACCCGCAUCAAAUCAAAGUUCAUCUCCUUGUUUCCUCAGAAACUAUCUACAGACAGUAGAGAAUAAAACAGAUUCCAGCUGUGUGAAAGUAACAAAUGAUGAUCACACAGUAAUGUCAUUGACCAGCAGUAAUGCAUCAAAAUCUAUUUCUUCAGUUAGUACUGAAACUGAGAAAAAUUCUACUCUAUCUGAUGUUUCCCAGUGUAACAGCUGCUUUGAAGGACUUCACACAAAGUCUUAUCUGCCAAGGAAUGAAAUAAAACCACACAUCAACAAAGAGAUUAGUGAAAUAAAUCAAAUUCAUUUGACGCAUGGUGAACUAUGCGCUCUACAAGGCAAGCUGCACUCUGUAGAGGAAUCCUUGCUGUCAAACCAGGAGAAGAUUAAAGUCCUUUUGAAUGUAAUUCAAGACCUUGAAAAAUCCAGAGCCCUCAGUGAAGGGCGCAACUUCUACCACACUGGUCAAGACCUCAACAACUGCAGCACGUGUCAGAACACCGCGUGCAUAAUUUACAGCGUAGAAUACGACUUCAGACAACAAGAAGGAAGAUUUCAACAGAUUUUGAAAAGGCUGGAUCAUGCAGAGCAAAAUCCAGCUGCAGCUUCACCUCAGAAGCCAUCAUUUGAUCAGCCACUUCCCGAGAAAAAGGAGUUAAGAAAGAAAACAAAAAAGAUGAAAAAAAAAUGCUUCUGGUGGAUUUGACUUCUGUAAAGAUCUUUAACAGAACCAAGUUUUAUAUUUCAAAAGACAGUGGAGCAGAAGGAGGAUCGGAAGCACAUAACUAAAAAUACACUAUUAUGAAAUCACAAAAUUAAAGAAUAUUUAAUUGAGCAUCAAAUCUGAAGAAUUGAUUUAAAUUAUAUCACUGAAUAAAGACACAAGAGACUGUUCCUGAAGAAGAAUUUUAAGUCGUCUUUUUUUUCCAGUUAUCCUCACAUUCUUUGUAAAGACACAAAAAAUAAGAUAAUGGUAGUCAAACCUAUAGACUUUGUUUCAUAUUCUUAAGCAACAUGAACUAAAGGAAAAUAACUUCACUGAUCUUUAAACAGACUGCAUAAUCAAGAAUAAGUUCAGGGGAAUCUCCUUAGAGGAGAUAAUUAUAAUUAUUUCACAUCUCCAGUGAAAUAUAUUGGUUGUUGGCAUCUAAGAUUUAACCACAAUGAAGAAUGUCAUGGUCAAGUUUUAUUCUGUUCUUAUAUCAGUUCAAUUUGAAAAGGAAUUAUUUCAAAGUUUGUCAUUUAAUAGACUUCUUUGUAAGUAUCUUAAAAGUAUUUAAAAAAAAAAAAAA